GCCAUCUACGCUAUCCAAAACCUAUCAAAACAACGUCAAAUCGAAACAAAAUUUAUAUUAUUAUCACACAAUGGACCUGAUAAGGAUAAACCAAACCACAACAACGUAUAUCUAAUUGCGAACUGCCGUUUGGCACUUGGGUGCCCCAAGUUCGCAACCGAAUCCUUUUGGUGUACUUGUACGAAAUACGACGCCCAGGAUGCCAAAGCAUCGUCGGAAGAUUUUGAGAAGAACGGUGCCCAUUAAAGUGAACAGAGACAUUUUGCAAAGGCAACUUACCUGUGUUCAAAAAGACAAGGAAAAUAGUCUUAGCACGAUUACAGAAGGGAGUGGGAAUGAUCCUCUGCUUAGUUAUAUGAAAAUUGAGGUUAAAGAGGAGCUGGAUUCUGACCAACAGCUCGAACUUAGUGAAGAGAUAAACAUACCAUUGAAAAUAGAAGAGUUUGAGACUUUAGAUUAUGACAGUAUUAAUAUUAAACAAGAAGAAUCACCUGAAUCUGAAAGGCACUUAACGCCUGGAACAAGUAAUAAUGAUUUGAAUAUACUGAUAGAGUGGGCUUUAAACCUACAAUACGAUCACUCAAAACAUUGCAAGGGACGCCUCUACCCGUGCAAAGAAAUAUUCGAUAAUUUUAGGUGUAAGAUAGUCGUUCUGUACUGCACUGUUUGUAAAAAACGGAUGUUACACACGCUCAAGGAUUGGGCCAUGUAAUUAUAUAAAUAACACAACUUUAAUUUUUCAAAAACCCCGCCUGUCCGCCAUGUUGACGAUCAUCUUUGACAUUUCUCCAAUGUCAGCAGCGGAACGUCACCACAAAAAAUAACUUUUUUAACAUUUAAAUGGUUUAUAAACGCAAGAAGUACCACUACGGUGACACCCACUUGAAGAAAAAGUGGCGAACGAAACGGAGAACUAAAGACUUGGACCAGAUCGACGAAGAUCUCAAACCCGAAAAUGCCGAACAACUUGUGAACCAAGUAACCGACCACGACAAACCCGGCGCUGCUCAAUUCUACUGUGUGCAUUGUGCGCGCUACUUCAUCGAUAACCAGGCUUUGCACGAACACUUUAGGACCAAAGUGCACAAACGAAGACUCAAAGCGCUGGAGGCGGAGCCCUACAGCAUCGAGGAGUCCGAACGGGCCGCCGGCUUCGGCAGCUGGAAAGCCCCGCAGAAGCGAAAAAUCGAAACCAUCGACCCUGACGAGUCAAACAAACGUAUAAAAACGGAGUGA